GACUGGACUGUGACGCGCGCCUGGGUCGCGCGCUGCUGGUGGGCAGAGCGCCGUCACGAGCUGAAGGUGUAAUGAAACGGAGAAAACUCACUCCCAGGAAAGCAGAGGGCUAUUUAUACCAGCUCGCAUGGCAACAUAACAGACACCCGCUGGAUAAAUAAAUGAUUGUCGCGAAAAUGGCCCAAAACACGUCUCUUUAUUUUCGGAUUGUCGAGGGUAGGAACCUCCCGGCCAAAGACGUGUCUGGGACGAGUGAUCCUUACUGCAUCGUUAAAGUUGACAAUGAAGUUGUAGUCAGGACGGCAACAGUGUGGAAGAAUCUCAAUCCUUUCUGGGGUGAAGAGUACACGUUGCACCUCCCAAUGGGCUUUCAUUCACUGUCGUUUCUUGUAAUGGACGAAGACACUAUUGGACACGAUGAUGUUAUUGGAAAAAUCACACUGAGCAAAGAAGCUAUCGGAUCUCAAGCUAAAGGGCUCGAUAGUUGGAUGAACCUGACGAGGGUUGAUCCCGAUGAGGAAGUUCAAGGAGAGAUCCACCUGAGUCUAGAGCUCCUCAGGGACACUAAGAAGAGCAGCUUACGGUGCCAGGUCAUCGAAGCCAGAGACUUGGCUCCAAGAGACAUUUCUGGAACAUCGGAUCCUUUUGGAAGAGUUAUAUUCAACAACCACAGUGCAGAGACCUCGAUUAUCAAGAAGACCCGUUUCCCUCACUGGGGAGAAACCUUGGAGCUGGAGCUGGAUGCAGAGGAGCUGAGUGAGGAGGGGACUGUGACUGUGGAGGUCUGGGACUGGGACAUGGUGGGAAAAAAUGACUUUCUGGGAAAGGUGGAAAUCCCUUUUGCUUGUUUGCACAAGACACCUCUGCUGGAGGGCUGGUUUCGUUUGCUGCCCCUGGGAAACAAUGAGGCUGAUGCUGGGGUGUCUUACGGUUCUCUGUACAGCGGCAAGCUGGGAGCGCUGCGCCUGAAGGUGCGUCUGGUGGAGGACCGGAUCCUGCCGUCUACAUACUACCAGCCACUCAUUGAACUGCUGGUUGAGUCGGUAAUCUCCCCCACAGAGGUGGAAGACAGUAGUGCCCUGACCAUGCUGGAGGAGGUGACCACUGUGGAGAGCAGGCAGGAUGUCGCAAUGACUCUGGUGAAGAUCUACCUUGGACAAGGACUGGUGGUGCCGUUCCUUGAUUAUCUAAAUACCAGAGAGGUCAACCAUACGACUGAUCCAAACACCCUGUUUCGCUCCAACUCACUUGCCUCCAAAGCCAUGGAACAAUUCAUGAAGGCCGUUGGCAUGCUGUAUCUGCAUGAAGUGUUGAAACCCAUCAUCAAUCGCAUCUUUGAUGAAAGGAAGUACAUUGAGCUGGACCCAUGUAAGAUUGACCUGAACCGCACAAGACGGAUUUCAUUUAAGAGUGGAGUGUCAGAAGCAGAGGUUCGGGACUACAGCGUCGAGAUGCUGCAGACCUAUUUAAGCAGCAUCAUCGAAUCGAUCGUCAACUCCGUCGAUCAGUGUCCUUCGGUCAUGAGAGUGGCCUUCAAACAACUUCACAAGAGAGUCGAGGAACAAUUCACAGAGCCUGAAAAUGAGGAUGUAAAAUACCUGGCCAUCAGCGGGUUCUUCUUCCUGCGUUUCUUUGCUCCUGCUAUCCUGACGCCAAAGCUGUUCCAGCUGAGAGACCAGCACGCUGACACACGCACAAGCAGAACGUUGUUACUACUCGCCAAGGCACUGCAGAGUAUGGGCAACCUGGGCCUUCAGCUGGGUCAUGGGAAGGAGCAGUGGAUGGCACCUCUUCAUCCGAUCAUCCUCCGCAGCGUGGCCUCCGUCAAGGACUUUCUGGAUAAGCUGAUCGACAUCGAUCAUGAUAUCGUGUCUGCAGUGCCUCAGAGGGCUGUGUUCAUGCCCUCAGUGACAGUGAAGGAGGGAUAUCUACACAAACACAAAGCAGAGGGGCCACAGCUGCUGUCCCGCUUUGCCUUCAAGAAACGCUACUUCUGGCUGACCAGCGAGACCCUGUCCUACGCCAAGACAUCUGAUUGGCAGGUGCGCUCCUCAAUACCUAUUCAGCGUGUGUGUGCCGUGGAGAGGGUGGAUGAAAAUGCCUUUCAGCAGCAGAAUGUAAUGCAGGUCAUUACACAGGACAACGAAGGAAAGAUGAACACCAUGUACAUCCAGUGCAAGAAUGUGAAUGAGCUGAACCAGUGGCUGUCUGCCAUAAGGAAAGUCAGCAUCUACAAUGAGAGGAUGCUGCCUUCUUUUCACCCGGGCGUUCAUCGCAGCAGCAAGUGGACCUGCUGCCUGCAGGCGGACCGCGCUGUUACAGGCUGCAGCAGAACCCACUCGGCCGUAACUCUGGGCGACUGGAGCGACCCGCUGGACCCAGAUGUGGAGACUCAGAUGAUAUUCAAGCAGCUUCUCCAGGGCAGAGACAAACUCAGGAAAAAAUACCUGGAGCAGGAAGAAGCAGAUCAGACAUCAAGCAAUAAGGAAAAGAGGAUAAACCCUGAUAUUCACCCAGAUGGUGCUGAAUGCAACGCUCAGCAGAUGAAGCCUGGUCAGAGUGUCGCUGCUCGGCUGCUGGUGGUGAUAGAGGAUCUGGAGCAAGCUCAUGCCACCUUCCAACUGAGAGAAAAAGAGGACGCCACUAGAGUCAUCCUCAAUCCCUAGGCUGCACGCGGCCUCUGAUCUAUUAACGCCUGAAAGGAGUGUAGGGCGGGUGGAGGAGGAGGAGGAAGUUUUAGCUAAACACUCUCCAGACUGUCGCAGAGGAGAAGCCGCGGCCCUGUCCAGCUUUUUCCCGGCUAUAAGGAGCAGUGGAGAGUCUUACGCUUUUUAAUCGUCUGUUCUGUCUCAAGGUCACAGAUGAGGAAGAUGAAGCCACACGAUAAUAAACAGGAGGGGGACUUUGCAGCAUGAUCUAAUGUGAUAUUGUUUCUAUAGAUAAGAAGCACUCUGUUGCAUGGCUUGCCCCCUACUUGUGAAAUAUGGAAAACUUUAUAUUUCCAGAUAUUGUACAGGACUUUUUAUUUUUAUGCAAAAGGCUCAUUAUAGUGUAAUGUACAGUACCUAAAUGUAAGGUGAUUUAUGUCUUGUGUUUUGUACACUGACUGAGGGAUUCAUCGCCGAGGCAACUCUGUAGCAGUUAAUUUACAAUCACAGGUCAUUCCACUACAAGAUUAUUUUAUUUUUGAGUCUAAAGGGAGCAGGAUAAGUACUGCUUUCAUGUUACCUUGGACCCAUUUUACAAAACAACAAGCUUUUGUUUGGUGCUGUAGCCAUUUAAUGAUAUAAAUUGAGCCGUGAUGUAUUUUUUUUUAUUUGCAUUUUUAGUUUCUUGUCCGUACAUUUGAUGUAGCCAUUUUGAAAUUUACAUGAGUUAUAAUUGAAGUGACAAGGCUCAGACAUGUUAGAGAUGCCAAAUUGGGUUUGACAAACCUGAACCGCUUAACUGAGAAAAAGAUUUCUGCAGAUUUACUGUUUGAGGAGCAGCCAUGAUCAGAUAU